GUCCUGGGUCUGCUCCAGGUCGCUCGUGUCCCCUUAGCAACGGCCUGAUUAAUGCAAACACUGUGUUACCUUGGAGGCCGAGACACAAUCAGUGCACUCAGUCACUGAGCGGGACCGGCCCGGGACAGCAGCCAUGGAGGAGUCCCCCGCCGAGGACAGCAGACUGGACUUCAUAGCGGACUAUGUGCUGAGGACUUUCCGACUCAAACAGGACGCAUGGCAGCAGUGCGUGUCCAACGGGGACAACAGGCAGCUGCUGCAGGACUUCCUGGACCGAGCCGACCACAGGAGCCUGGUGAUGUGGGUGAGCGCGGCCGGGCUGCUGCAGCCCACAGCCGGCGUCCCCCCGGGCGGCAGCGGGACCCGGGCGGUGUACCUGCUGAAGCAGCGCGGGGCAGCGCUGCGGCCGCACCGCAUGCAGGAGCAGCUGCUGUGCGGGGACAUGUCCCCGGCUGCCCUGGACCACUUCUCUGCUCUGGUUCAGGAGGUUGUGGCCCCACUGCUCAACAAUAGGAACCACAGUGAAUGGCCCCAGGUCGUGUCCCAGGACGUCAGACGCCAUGUCCACUCCCUCCAGACCAAUGUGUUUGUGGUGACAGGCCAAGUCCAAGGCAAGACCCUGCUGCCUCUGCCUGCAGGCUGCGACCGGGUGGAGCAGGCUGCCCUGGAGGCUGAGCACAGGGGGGAGAUAAUGGAUAAGAGCAUCAUUCACUCCUUGGAGUCAGCAGUGAUUGAGUGGAGCCAUCAGAUCCGCACCGUCCUGAAGAAGGACUCCUCUGAGGCUCUGCUGGAGGGCAAAAACCCCACCCCACACAUGGAGCUGCUCUUCUGGAAGAACAGAUAUGCAGACCUGCAGUGCAUCCAGUCCCAGUUACAGUCCUCCAAGGUGAAUAAGAUGGCGAUGCUGUUGGAGGCUGUGGAGAGCAGCUACUCCCUUGCUUUCACUAACAUGCAACAGGAUGUCCUUGCAGCCCUGGAGGAGGCGAAGGACAUCUGCCGCUACCUGAGGCCGCUGCAGCGUCUGUUUGAGGACAUGGAGACUGCGGAGUUCCCUGAUGUCCGGGCUCAGAUUGGCCCGCUGAUGCACACCGUGUGCCUGGUGUGGGCCACCUCCAGAUACUAUAACACCCCCGCCCGCCUGGUGGUCUUGCUGCAGGAGACCUCCAACCUCCUCAUACAGCAGGCCCAGGUGUAUGUUGCCCCAGAAGAGGUUCUGAGAGGAGAGGCUUCAGAGAGUCUCCUGAAGGUGCAGACCUGCCUGGACAUCCUGCAGCUCUUCAAGAGCACCUACAAGGACCGGAGGGCCAAUCUGAGCCAGUAUCAGUGGAACGGGAGCUGUGUGAGGCCCUGGGACUUCUCCCCCCUGUUGGUCUUCUCUAGACUGGACCGCUUUAUUAACAGAGUCAGGACCAUUGAGGACAUCCUGUUGACAGCUGUGGACCUGCUGAAGCUUGAGAAAUUGGAGAUUGGAGGUAUGCGAGGCCGAGCCCUCAGCCAGCAGGUCCAGCUGCUCCACCAGGAGUUUGUGGACACUUACCGACUGAUCACAGAGAAGCCCUAUGACUGCCUGGACCUCGACAACAGGGAGUAUGAAGAAGACGUGAAGCAGUUCAAGCUGAAGGUGGAGGACACCGACCGAAGACUGGGAGCCAUCUUCUGUCAGGCCUUUGAGGACGCCUCUGGACUAGAGCACGCCUUCAAGGUUCUGGAUAUGUUCGGAAGCCUGCUGGAGCGCCCCUUAGUUGCCACAGAUGCUGGGGCCAGAUACCCUGUCCUCGUGUCCCUGUUUGACAACGAGCUGGACUGCUGUAAACACCUUUACAACAAACAGAUCCAAACUGCAGCGGAGCUGGGUUGGACUCCAGUGAAUAAGAAUAUGCCAGCAGUAGCUGGUGGGCUGAGAUGGGCCCAGGAGCUACAGCAGCGCAUCCAGAGCCCCUUCUCCAAAUUCAGACUCCUGUCGUACCCGUGCCUGGAGUCGGCAGAUGGAGCCAGGGUCAUCCACAAGUAUGAGGAGAUGAUGACACUGCUGGACAGAUACUCCAGCAGCCUGUAUGAGACAUGGACCGAGAGCGUGGGCGAGAGUUCUCAGUACAACCUCAGCCUGCCAGUCAUCAGCAGGGACCCGGCCACUCAGCUGAUCUCAGUCAACUUCAACCCGCAGCUGGCGGCGGUGCUCAGGGAAGUGAAGUACCUGGAGGCGGGGCGGAGCGAGGCCAUCCCUGACACCGCGGUGCAGGUCUACACCACCAGGGGGCAGCUGUGGCAGUAUGUGGCCAACCUGGAGCUCACCGUGGGCCGCUACAACAAGGUGAUGCAGUCCGUGCUGGACGUGGAGCUUCCUCUGGUUCAGGACCAGCUCAGGGACAUUGACGCUCAGCUCCAAAAGGCCCAGGAGAGUCUGAACUGGAACAGCCAAGGCCUGUGGCAGUACAUCCAGGAGGUGCGAGACUCGGUCUGUGACCUGGAGAGCCGUCUCCAGAGGACCAAGGACAACGUGGAGGAGAUCCAGAGCUGCAUGAGCACCUGGGCCAGCCCCAUGUUUGACAGGAAGGAGGGCAAAAAAGACGCCCUGCUCAGUCUGGAGGACAGGGCCGAGAGGGUGGACCGGUUCUACAGUCUGAUACGCUCCUCUGGAGAAAAGAUCCACUUCCUGCUAAAGAACAAUCUGGAGCUGUUCCGAGCCGAGCCGGGCUCUGACCAGUGGAAGGCCUACAUCGAGUACAUCGACGACAUGAUCAUCGAUGGAUUCUUCAACAGCAUUGAGUGCUCUCUCAAGUUCUUCCUGGAGAACACGGACCCGAGAGCGGCCGCCGCCCCCCUGUUCGAGGCUCAGCUGGACUUGAAGGUUCCCGACAUGGUGUUCACUCCGGCUCUGGAGUUUGGGGGGGGAGACAGCUUCUUUGAGCUGGUGGAGAGCCUCAUCAAUGAUGUGUUCCGAAUCUCCUCCCUGGUGCCCCGCCUGGCCCAGCACAGCCCUUCCCCCCACUACCAGGCUGACAUGGAGGACAUGGCUGAUCUGGCAGACAUGCGUCAUCUCCUCAUGGAACGCGUGCAGGGCGUCAUGGCGACGUGCUGUGAGUUCCGUAACUCUCUGGAGCGCUACAGCUACCUGUAUGUGGACGACAGGAAGGAGGUCAUUCGCCACUUCCUGUUGUACGGCCCCACUCUCAGCAGCCGCGAGGCGGAGCUCAACACUGACGACGGCGUCUCAGAGAGCCCACCGACGCUGGAGAACUUCAGAGAACAGGUGGACGGGUACGAGAAGAUCUACGAGGAGGUGUUGGGUCUGGAGCCGGUGCACGUGUUCCACGGAUGGAUGAGGGUGGAUGGCCGGAGCAUGAAGAGUGCCUUGCUCAGCAUCAUCAAAAAGUGGAGCUUCAUGUUCAAACAGCACCUCAUCGAUCAUGUGACCAACAGUCUGUCAGAUCUGGAGAGGUUUAUCAGUGUGGCGGAGGCUGGCCUGAGCCUGCAGGUGGAGGAGGGGGACUACGGUGGCCUGGUGGGGGUACUGGCUCACCUGAUGGCUGUUAAGGAAAGACAAAGCAGCACAGAUGCCAUGUUUGAGCCGCUGCAGCAAACCAUCGGCCUGCUGAAGCUCUACGAACAGGAGCUGCCUGACGUGGUCUACAAGCAGCUGGAGGUGUUGCCAGAGAAGUGGAACAAUGUGAAAAAGCAGGCUGUGUUAGUCAAGCAGCAGGUGGCACCUCUGCAGGCCAUCGAGGUGGCCAGCCUGCGACGGAAGUGUGCUGCAUUUGAUGUGGAGCAGCACACCUUCAGGGAGCACUUUCGCAACAACGGGCCCUUCAGGUUUGACAGCGAGAGUCCCAACCAGAUGUUGGAUGCAUUCCAGCUGCAGAUCCAGGAGCGGGAGGCAGUGAUGGCCUCCCUGGUGGAGUCUGCCAGCCUGUUCGAGGUCACCGUCUCCGAGUACAAACAGCUCCGACAAUGCAGGCGGGAGGUGGUCCUGCUGAAGCAGCUGUGGGACAUGAUCAGCGUGGUGGAAUCCAGCAUGGCGGCAUGGAAGAUGACUCCCUGGAGAGACAUUCACGUGGAGGACAUGGAGCUGGAGUGCAAACGCUUCUCUAAAGAUAUCCGGGGGCUGGAUAAAGAGGUGAGAGCGUGGGAGGCCUUCACCGGUUUGGACAGCAGGGUGAAGAACCUCCUCACCUCCCUGCGGGCCGUGGCAGAGCUCCAGAACCCGGCCAUACGCGCCCGGCACUGGCACCAGCUGAUGGCUGCUACUGGAGUCCGCUUCACCAUGGACCAGGACACCACGCUGGCCAGCCUGCUGCAGCUGGAGCUGCACUGCUUUGAAGAGGAGGUGAGAGGGAUCGUGGACAAGGCUGUUAAAGAGAUGGGCAUGGAGAAAGUCCUCUCUGAGCUCAACUCCACAUGGACAGGUAUGCAGUUCCAGUACGAGCCCCACCGCCGCACCCACGUGCCCCUGCUGCGCACGGACGAGGAGCUGAUCGAGACGCUGGAGGACAACCAGGUGCAGCUGCAGAACCUCAUGUCCUCCAAGUACAUCGCCCACUUCCUGGACGAGGUGUCGUCUUGGCAGAGCAAGCUGUCUGUGGCCGACUCGGUCAUCUCCAUCUGGUUCGAGGUGCAGCGCACAUGGACCCACCUGGAGAGCAUCUUCAUCGGCUCGGAGGACAUCCGCUCGCAGCUGCCAGAGGACUCCAGGCGCUUUGAAGGGAUUGAUGCUGAUUUCAAAGAGCUGGCAAACGCCAUGCAUCAAACGCCCAACGUAGUGGAGGCCACCAAUAAACCGGGCCUGAUUGGUAAACUGGAGGACAUCCAGAGCAGGCUGUCUCUAUGUGAAAAAGCUCUGGCAGAAUACCUGGACACCAAGCGUCUGGCCUUCCCCAGGUUUUACUUCAUCUCUUCGGCUGAUCUGCUGGACAUCCUGUCUAAUGGGACCAACCCGCUCCAGGUCCAGAAGCAUCUGUCUAAGCUGUUUGACAACAUGGCUAAGAUGCAAUUUGAAGCAGAUGGACAGGGGAAUCCUUCUCAGACUGGUCUGGGCAUGUACAGCAAAGAGGAGGAGUAUGUCCCCUUUAAUGAGCCCUGUGACUGCACUGGACAGGUGGAGGUGUGGCUGAACCGGGUUCUGCAGAGCAUGCGCUCCACGGUCCGGCACCAGAUGACCGAGGCAGUGUUGGCCUACGAGGACAAACCCAGAGAGCAGUGGCUCUUUGACUAUCCGGCGCAGGUGGCGCUGACCUGCACUCAGAUCUGGUGGACGUCUGACAUCGGCAUGGCGUUCGCCCGUCUGGAGGAGGGCUACGACAGCGCCAUGAAGGAGUACUACAGGAAGCAGGUGUCCCAGCUUAACACCCUCAUCUCCAUGCUGGUUGGCCAGCUCACGCCGGGCGAUCGGCAGAAAGUCAUGACCAUCUGCACCAUCGACGUCCACGCCAGGGACGUGGUGGCCAAGAUGAUCACUCAGAAGGUGGAGAGUUCUCAGGCCUUCGUGUGGCUGUCCCAGCUGAGACACCGCUGGGAUGAGAAGGAGAAGCACUGCUUUGCCAACAUUUGUGAUGCCCAGUUUCUCUACUCCUACGAAUACCUGGGCAACACGCCCCGAUUAGUCAUCACUCCUCUAACAGACAGAUGCUACAUCACCCUGACCCAGUCGCUCCACCUGACCAUGAGUGGAGCUCCGGCAGGGCCUGCAGGCACUGGGAAGACUGAGACUACCAAAGACCUGGGCCGAGCCCUCGGAAUCAUGGUCUAUGUAUUCAACUGCUCUGAGCAGAUGGACUAUAAGUCCUGUGGGGACAUCUACAAAGGCCUGGCUCAGACGGGGGCAUGGGGCUGCUUUGACGAGUUUAACAGGAUCUCAGUGGAGGUGCUGUCUGUGGUGGCUGUACAGGUGAAAAGCAUCCAGGAUGCCAUUCGAGAUAAGAAGAAGAGGUUCAACUUCAUGGGCGAGGAGGUGAAUCUGUGCCCGUCUGUGGGCAUCUUCAUCACGAUGAACCCCGGCUACGCUGGCAGGACCGAGCUUCCUGAGAACCUCAAGGCUCUGUUCAGACCGUGUGCCAUGGUGGUGCCAGACUUCGAGCUGAUCUGUGAAAUCAUGCUGGUGGCCGAGGGCUUCCUGGACGCCCGCGUCCUGGCCAGGAAGUUUAUCACCCUCUACACACUGUGUAAAGAGCUGUUGUCCAAACAGGACCACUAUGACUGGGGCCUCCGAGCCAUCAAGUCCGUGCUGGUGGUGGCCGGCUCUCUGAAGAGAGGAGACCCCGGCCGAGCGGAGGACCAGGUGCUGAUGCGAGCUCUGAGAGACUUCAACAUCCCCAAGAUCGUGACAGAUGACAUGCCCGUGUUCAUGGGGUUGAUAGGUGACCUGUUCCCUGCCCUGGACGUCCCCAGGAAACGAGACCUGGACUUUGAGAAGCACGUGAAGGAGUCCAUUUUGGACCUGAAGUUGCAGGCCGAGGACAAUUUUCUCCUCAAGGUGGUGCAGCUGGAGGAGCUGCUGGCUGUUCGUCACUCUGUGUUUGUGAUCGGGAACGCAGGCACCGGAAAGAGUCAGGUGAUGAGGUCACUCCAGAGGACCUAUCAGAACAUGAAGCGCAGACCUGUGUGGGCGGACCUUAACCCAAAGGCUGUGACCAAUGACGAGCUCUUUGGCAUCAUCAACCCAGCUACCAGAGAGUGGAAAGAUGGCCUGUUCUCCAACAUCAUGAGGGAACUGGCCAACGUCAGUCACAGUGGACCCAAGUGGAUCGUUCUGGAUGGAGACAUCGACCCCAUGUGGAUUGAGUCACUCAACACGGUCAUGGAUGAUAACAAGGUGCUGACUCUGGCCAGUAAUGAGCGGAUCCCUCUGAACCCUACCAUGAGGCUGGUGUUUGAGAUCAGCCACCUGCGCACUGCCACCCCCGCUACAGUAUCUAGAGCAGGCAUCCUGUACAUAAACCCAGCAGACCUCGGCUGGAACCCGCCGGUCUCCAGCUGGAUUGACAAGAGGGAGGUCCAAUCAGAGAAGGCCAAUCUGACCAUACUGUUUGACAAGUACCUCCCCUCUUGCCUGGAUGGAAUCAGAUCAAGGUUUAAGAAGAUCAUCCCUAUCCCUGAGCAGAGCAUGGUCCAGAUGCUGUGCCAUUUGCUGGAGUGUGUGCUGACUCCCGAAAACACCCCGCCAGACUGUGCCAAGGAACUUUAUGAGCUCUACUUCGUCUUUGCUGUGGUCUGGGCCUUCGGGGGAGCCAUGUUCCAGGACCAGCUGGUCGACUACAGAGUGGAGUUCAGCAAGUGGUGGGUGGCCGAGUUCAAAAGCAUCAAGUUCCCGUCCCAGGGCACCGUGUUCGAUUACUACAUCGACCCCGAGAGCAAGAAGUUUGAACCCUGGUCCAAGAUGGUGCCCAGGUUUGAGAUGGACGCAGACACACCUCUUCAGGCGUGUCUAGUCCACACUACAGAGACCAUUCGAGUCCGGUACUUCGUGGACCGCCUCCUGGAGCGCCGCCGGCCCGUCAUGCUGGUCGGGAACGCUGGGACAGGGAAGUCUGUUCUGGUCGGGGACAAACUGGGAUCGUUGGAUGCAGAGAAAUACAUGAUCAAAAAUGUCCCCUUUAACUAUUACACCACAUCCGCUAUGCUCCAAGCUGUGUUGGAAAAGCCCCUAGAGAAGAAAGCAGGGCGCAACUAUGGGCCUCCAGGCAGCAGAAGACUAAUCUACUUCAUAGACGACAUGAAUAUGCCGGAGGUGGAUGCAUAUGGAACGGUGCAACCUCACACACUCAUUCGCCAACACAUGGACUACAACCACUGGUACGACCGUAAUAAGCUGCUUUUGAAAGAAGUACACAACGUUCAAUACGUGUCCUGCAUGAACCCCACAGCUGGCAGCUUCACUAUCAAUCCACGACUGCAGCGCCACUUCUCUGUCUUCGCCCUGUCCUUUCCUGGAGCCGAGGCCUUGAGCACCAUCUACACCUCGAUCCUGUCCCAGCACCUGAGAGGAGGGGCCUUCAGCGUCGCCCUGCACAAGAGCUGCCCCACCCUGGUCCAGGUAGCCCUGGCCCUGCACCAGCGCAUAUCCUCCACCUUCCUCCCCACCGCAGUCAAGUUCCACUACAUCUUCAACCUGCGAGACCUCUCCAACAUAUUCCAGGGCAUUCUCUUCUGUACUGCUGAGUGUCUGAAAGCCCCUCCAGACCUGCUGAAAAUCUAUCUGCACGAGUCCAACCGGGUCUACAGAGACAAGCUGCUGGAGGAGCAGGACUUCCAGGCAUUUGAUAAGCUGCAGGCGGACACAGUGAAAAAGUUCUAUGAGGACAUGGAGGAGACUCUGGAGCAGACCAGGGAGAUGAACCUGUUCUGCCACUUUGCCCGUGGGCUGGGGGAGGCCAGGUACAUGGCUGCUGAGUCCUGGAGCAGCCUGAAUAAAACCCUGCUGGAGGUGCUGGACAGCUACAACGAGGUCAGCGCCACACUCAAUCUGGUGCUGUUUGAGGACGCCAUGGCUCACAUCUGCCGUAUAAACCGAAUCCUGGAGUCUCCGCGGGGGAAUGCGCUGCUGGUCGGAGUGGGCGGCAGCGGCAAGCAGAGUCUGACCCGACUGGCCGCCUUCAUCUCCAAUCUGGAGGUUUUCCAGAUCACCUUGAGAAAAGGAUACAGUAUCGCCGACCUCAAGAGUGACCUGGCGUCCCUCUACAUCAAAGCUGGCGUGAAGAACAUUGGCACCGUGUUCCUAAUGACUGACGCCCAAGUGGCAGACGAGAAGUUCCUCGUUCUGGUCAACGAUCUGUUGGCAUCAGGAGAGAUUCCUGACCUGUUCCCAGACGACGAGGUGGAGAACAUCAUCGGCAGCGUGAGGACAGAGGUCCGUGGCUCGGGCCUGAUGGAUACAAGGGAGAACUGCUGGAGGUUCUUCAUCGACCGGGUUCGCAGACAACUCAAGGUGGCUCUGUGUUUCUCUCCGGUGGGCAGUAAACUCAGGGUCCGCAGCAGGAAGUUCCCUGCCGUGGUCAACUGCACAGCGAUCGACUGGUUCCACGAAUGGCCGCAGGAGGCGCUGGAGUCGGUCAGCUUCAAGUUCCUCCAGGAGGUGGAGAACAUCGAACCCCGGGUGAAGGAGUCAGUCAGUAAAUUCAUGGCAUACGUCCACAUGAGUGUCAAUCAAACGUCCAAGGAGUACCUGGCCAACGAGCGCCGCUACAACUACACCACACCCAAGUCUUUCCUGGAGCAGAUCAAGCUGUACGGCAGUCUGCUGGGUCACAGGAGCAAAGAUCUCACCACCAAGAUGGAGCGGCUGGAGAACGGCCUGCAGAAGCUCAACAGCACCUCCGCUCAGUGGGCCUUGCUUGUGGUGGUCAGCGGCAAACAGAGAGACUGUGAGGAGGACUUAGCCAAGGCUGAACCAGCUCUGCUCGCUGCUCAGGAUGCCCUCAACACUCUUAAUAAGAACAACCUGACAGAGUUGAAGUCGUUCGGCUCUCCGGUGGCAGCAGUGACCAACGUCACAGCGGCAGUCAUGGUCCUGUCUGCGCCGGGCGGCAAAGUCCCAAAGGACCGUAGCUGGAAAGCCGCAAAGGUGAUGAUGGCCAAAGUGGACACGUUCCUGGACUCGCUGAUAAACUUCAACAAGGAGAACAUCCCAGAGGCAUGCCUGAAAGCUAUUAGGCCCUACCUGCAGGAUCCAGAGUUCCAGCCGGACCUAGUGGCCUCCAAGUCCAACGCGGCGGCCGGCCUGUGCUCCUGGGUUUUAAACAUUGUCAAGUUCUACGAGGUUUACUGCGAGGUGGAGCCCAAGCGUCAGGCUCUGAGCAAGGCCAACGCAGAGCUGGCUGCUGCACAGGAGAAACUCGCCACCAUCAAGAGCAAGAUCAAUCACCUUAAUGAGAACCUGGCCAAGCUGACAGCCAAGUUUGAGAAAGCCACUGCAGACAAGCUGAAGUGCCAACAGGAAGCCGAGUCAACCGCACGCACCAUUUCCCUGGCCAACCGCCUGGUGGGGGGUCUAGCAUCAGAAAAUGUGCGCUGGGCGGAGGCCAUAGAAAACUUCAAGAAACAGGGAAGGACUCUGUGUGGGGACGUGCUCCUCAUCACCGCCUUUAUCUCCUACCUGGGCUACUUCACCAAACGCUACCGCCUCCAGCUCAUGGACGACACCUGGAGGCCCUAUUUCAGUCAGCUGGAGGUUCCCAUCCCAGUGACCCCUGACCUGGACCCUCUGACCAUGCUGACAGACGGCGCCGACAUCGCAGCAUGGCAGAACGAGGGGCUGCCCGCCGACAGGAUGUCUACUGAGAAUGCCACAAUUCUCACUUCCUGCCAGCGCUGGCCCCUCAUGGUGGACCCCCAGCUGCAAGGCAUCAAGUGGAUCAAAACCAAAUAUGGAGAGAACCUACGCGUCAUCCGCAUCGGACAGAGAGGCUACCUGGAGGCCGUAGAGAGAGCACUGGCAGCAGGUGAUGUGGUCCUGAUUGAGAACUUGGAGGAAACAUUGGAUCCAGUUCUUGGACCUCUGCUGGGCAGAGAAACCAUUAAGAAGGGCAGGUACAUAAAGAUCGGAGACAAGGAGUGCGAGUACAACCCCAGUUUCCGCUUGAUCCUGCACACCAAGCUGGCCAGCCCUCAUUACCAGCCCGAGCUGCAGGCCCAGUGCACCUUGAUCAACUUCACCGUGACCAGGGACGGGCUGGAGGACCAGCUGCUGGCCGCCGUGGUCAGCAUGGAGAGACCGGACCUGGAGCAGCUCAAGUCCGACCUGACGAAGCAGCAAAAUGGCUUCAAGAUCACUCUGAAGACGCUGGAGGACAACCUGCUGUCCCGUUUGUCCUCAGCUUCAGGAAACUUCCUGGGGGACACAGAGCUGGUGGAAAACCUGGAGACGACCAAACGCACCGCUGCCGAGAUCGAAGAGAAGGUGAAAGAAGCCAAGGUGACAGAGGCCAAAAUCAACGAGGCUCGGGAGCACUACCGCCCAGCAGCAGCGCGGGCGUCCUUAUUGUACUUCAUAAUGAACGACCUCAAUAAAAUCCACCCCAUGUACCAGUUCUCUCUCAAGGCGUUCAGUGUGGUCUUCCAGAAAGCAGUUCUGAAGGCGGAGCCGGACGAGGUUCUGAAGCAGCGGGUCUCCAACCUAAUUGACAGCAUCACGUCCUCAGUGUUCCAGUACACCACCAGAGGCCUGUUUGAAUGUGACAAGCUCACGUACAUCGCUCAGCUGGCCUUCCAGAUCCUUCUGAUGAAUAAAGAAAUAGAUCCUGCAGAGCUGGACUUCCUCCUGAGAUACCCUGUCCAACCAGGUGUGAUGUCACCAGUGGAUUUCUUAUCCAACUUCUCCUGGGGAGGGGUCAAGUCCCUGUGCUCCAUGGAAGAGUUCCGGAACCUGGACCAAGACAUCGAGGGCUCGGCCAAACGCUGGAAGAAGUUUGUGGAGUCUGAGUGUCCAGAAAAAGAGAAAUUCCCACAGGAAUGGAAGAACAAAAGCUCUCUUCAGAGACUGUGCAUGAUGAGGGCCCUGAGGCCUGACCGCAUGACGUACGCUGUCAGAGACUUUGUAGAGGAGAAGCUGGGAAGCAAGUACGUGAUUGACAGAUCACUGGACUUUGCCGUCUCCUUUGAAGAGUCGGCUCCAGCUACGCCCAUGUUCUUCAUCCUCUCUCCUGGAGUUGACCCUUUGAAGGAUGUGGAGAAACAUGGGAAGAGGCUGGGUUACACAUUUGACAACAAGAACUUCCACAAUGUCUCUUUGGGCCAGGGUCAGGAGGUUAUAGCAGAACACGCCCUCGAUUUGGCGGCGAGGAACGGCCACUGGGUGAUAUUACAGAACAUCCACUUGGUGGCUCGCUGGCUGGGUACUUUAGAGAAACUUCUGGAGCAGCACGCAGAGGGAAGCCAUCGCAACUUCAGGGUGUUUGUCAGUGCUGAGCCCUCGUCGACCCCUGAGGGCCACAUCAUCCCGCAGGGCAUCCUGGAGAACUCCAUCAAGAUCACCAAUGAGCCGCCUACCGGCAUGCACGCCAACCUGCACAAGGCCCUGGACAACUUCAACCAGGACACGCUGGAGAUGUGUGCACGGGAGAAUGAGUUUAAGAGCAUUGUGUUUGCCCUGUGCUACUUCCAUGCGGUGGUGGCAGAGAGGAGGAAGUUCGGUCCUCAGGGCUGGAACCGAUCAUACCCCUUUAACACUGGGGACCUCACCAUUUCCAUCAACGUCCUCUACAACUACCUGGAGGCCAAUCCUAAGGUGCCAUAUGAUGACCUGCGCUACUUGUUCGGUGAGAUCAUGUAUGGGGGUCACAUCACAGACGACUGGGACCGCCGUCUGUGCCGGACCUACCUGGAGGAAUAUAUCAAGCCCGAGAUGAUGGAGGGAGAGCUGCACCUAGCACCUGGAUUCCCCUUGCCUGGAAACAUGGACUACAACAGCUACCACCAGUACAUUGAUCAGACCCUACCUGCCGAGUCACCCUACCUGUAUGGCCUUCAUCCCAACGCCGAGAUUGGCUUCCUCACACAAACCUCGGAGAAGCUUUUCCGCACGGUGCUGGAGAUGCAGCCCAGGGACGGAGGAGUCGGAGAGGGUGGUGGGACCACGCGUGAGGAAAAGGUGCGUGUGGUGCUGGAGGAGAUCUUGGAGAAGCUCCCGGAGGAGUUCAACAUGGCCGAGCUGCUGGCCAAGGCAGAGGAGAGGACUCCCUACCAGGUGGUGGCGCUGCAGGAGUGUGAGCGCAUGAACCUGCUCACCCAGGAGAUGAGACGCUCCCUGAGCGAGCUCAGCCUGGGACUCAAGGGAGAGUUAACCAUGACCGGUGACAUGGAGAACCUUCAGGAUGCUAUUUUCCUGGACAUGGUGCCAGACAGUUGGACCAAGCGGGCCUACCCCUCCAUGUGUGGCCUGGUACUGUGGUUCACCGACCUGCUGGCUAGGAUCAAGGAGCUGGAGGCUUGGACCACGGACUUCGCCUUACCAUCUGCGGUGUGGCUGGCUGGCUUCUUCAACCCACAGUCCUUCCUCACAGCCAUCAUGCAGGCUAUGGCUCGCAGGAAUGAGUGGCCUCUGGACAGGAUGUGUCUGCAGUGUGAUGUCACCAAGAAGAGUCGCGAGGACUUCACUCUACCGCCCCGGGAAGGAGCCUACGUGCAUGGGCUCUACAUGGAGGGCGCACGGUGGGACACACAGACUGGCAUGAUUGUAGACGCCCGCCUGAAAGAGCUCACCCCGACCGUUCCCGUCAUCUUCAUCAGGGCCAUUCCUGUGGACAAACAGGACAGCAGGAAUGUGUACCAGUGUCCUGUCUAUAAGACUCGCCAGAGGGGACCCACUUACGUGUGGACCUUCAACCUGAAGACCAAAGAAAAUCCCUCCAAGUGGACUUUAGCUGGGGUGGCCUUGCUUCUGCAGACCUAGCCAGAGUUGAUGAACUUCUUUGUGGUGCCAGCGGGGGCCUAGGGCUCCAUAGGAAGGGGGACCAAGGAACUCGGUGCACUCAGUGCAGCUUAUGGAGGCUAUUAUUAUGGCUCAUCUCCACAUUUAGCAUGUGGCCAAAGAAAAAGGAGAUGUAAACAUACUGCAGCUUUAGUUAUUGGGGAGAGAUGUUUGUUGUGGUCCAGUUCCUCUGUGGGAGCAGCAUGGGGGACAGCUGAAGGCCUCACUAGGAAGCUAGCCCGGUUACUUAUUGUAAGAAUGUAGUUAGUGUACCUGAACUGUACUUUACUGUUAUUUAUAAUUAUUAAAAGUCACUUAUUAUGCCAAAGGGAAACACGCGGUGAGACGAGAUGUUUAUCUUUCACCUCGAUUAAAGACAAAGCAGCACCUUAUCGCUUAGUUUCAAAUCCAUUUCAAUUAUUUUCAUGAGAGAAACAAUCUAUAUAUUAUUAUAUAUGAUAUUGUAAUUAUACCCUUCAUGAACAGAUAGUCUAGUUAAUCCCUGCUAGUCUAUAUCCACGACGUUCCAUUCCAGGAUUUAUCCGGUGCCGCCAAAACAAGACCCCGUCCAGAGCUUAGCCCCGCCCAUGACGAUUGUGAUUGGUGUAAAGAAAGGCCAAUAAACCGGAGCGUGAUUUUCACCCGGCCAGGAAUGCUGCAGACCUUGGCUAGUCCACCUUGCCCUCCUCCAACGAUGCCUUACAAGAAAAUGAGUUACAAAAUCCCCAUAAGGGUUUAUUGAGGAUGUCAUGUAUUAUGACCUGUGCGUUUCCUUUCAGCUCCUUCAGUGUUCCCUGAUGCGUGGCCCUGGACCUCCCAAUCGCCAAUCGGCAACUCUGGUUUGGUCAAAUAAAAUCCUUAAGUCACCAACUUAGAUGUGAAAAUACUCUGGCCCUACGCACUGUUCUGCCCACCGAUGGAUGGAUGGAUGGAUGGAUGGAUGGAUGGAUGGAUGGAUGGAUGGAUAUCACCGCUUGAUGUUUUCUUGUCAUUUGAGUCUAGUCUUUAGUGUCUGCCUCCGAAGAAGGAGGUGAGCCGCUGCUUGAGGGGAGAACAGUGUGUAGAGCUGGAAUAAGGAUAAACAUUAUGGAUUAUAUUUUACCAAACUAGAGUUGCUGAUGAUGUACUCAACUGAUCACUGAUAGCCAAUCUGGACGCAGCUCAAGAGCGAAAUCCAAAGAGUCACAUCGCGUACUUUCCUCCCUUGACUCCACGGGGUAGACUGGCCUUUAAAUGCAGCUUUCUGAGCUUCAGUAGUUGAAGACCAUUAAAUCAUCCAUGACUA